AUGUCUUUCGUUAAUUCGCUUGCGCAGUACACUCUUUUCUUCUCUCUUUUUACACUCAUUACCUGUUUUCAACCCUUUCCUGACGAUCAUGUUGGUGACUACAAAGAUGAGUGUGCAGACGCACUCAGUACCAAUUUAACUUCUUGCAUCGACGCCGUGCGCGGUCUAAACUCCAACAACUUUUACUCGCAGCAUGGUCUUGACAAGAUUUGCACCAGCGACUGUCGCGACCAGCUGCAGGAUUACAAGAAGUCCGUGGCUUCCGGAUGCUCCGGCGUCACUUACACCAACGAAUGGGGUACAGAGUUACCUAUCUCUGAGACGGCAGAUACUCUUCAGUUCAACUUCCAGCAGACCUGCUUCAAGAACGAAGGCAAUUACUGCAAUAUCGUUCUGGGUAACCUCACCAAGAAUGGCGGUGACGACUGCAACAAGUGUCUUUUGCUGAAGCUUCGCAACGAGGCCCAGUAUCCUUACGGCAGCGGACCUGGUGUGUACUCGAGUGCGUACCCCAGUUAUACUUCUUCUUGCAAGUUCACGGGAUAUCCGGUGACUGCCAAGCCGACGGUGUCUCUUCCUCAUCAUUCGGCCAGCAAAUCCUUGUCCGGAAUAUCCACUUUAUCUGUAGCAGCUACCCCAACUGCGAGCACCUGCAGUGGCAAGAAAUACACUAUCAAGGAUGGAGACACCUGCGAGUCAAUCUCCAAGUCGCAGAGCGUCGCUACCUACCAACUUCUCAUAGACAACCAGCUCCAAGCCCACUGUGCUAACUUCCCUAAAUCUGGUGAACUGUGCAUCAAGAACCAUUGCGCUACCUACACAGUCCAAAAGAGAGAUACUUGUAAGAGCGUCGCGAAGGCCCACAACAUUACUCCUGUCCAGUUGCGCUCUUACAACCCUUGGAUUGACGGCGGUUGCUAUAACUUCAACCGCACCAUCGGCACCGAACUCUGUAUGAAUGAGCCUGGAGAAAAGUACGAAGCUCCAUCCUCUGCUGCUUCUGCCACGGGGCCUCCCACAGCUUCGUCGGCCGUCCCUGUCCCGACCAACCUCGCGAAAAACAGCACCAAGAACUGUGGCGAGUAUUACACUCCUAAGGAGAAGGAGAGCUGUGACACAAUCACCCAGAAGUUCCCCAUCAAGCGAGCCAAUUUUCUCAUCCUGAAUCCGGGUCUGAACCAGAACUGCACAAACUUCAUAGCUGGCCGCAGCUACUGUGUCAAGCCCGUCGAGGAUAUGGACAACUACCCCGGUGCCCCAGGCUACAUGCCUUCUGUCUCCAAGGUCCCCUGGGACAAGCUUCCCGACGCAACCUACACGCCCAUUAAUAACCCUGACCCGCUCCCCCUCGCCCCAAAUACCGUGAAAGAUUGCAAUACACUCGUCGAUGGGCGCAACCUUCAAUACAACUAUACGGGUGUCAACGACUGCAGCGUGGCCGCAGACUUCUGGGAAGUCUCGAAAGCAGACUUGCUCAGGUGGAAUCCGUCUUUGAACAAGCAGAAAUCGAAGUCUAGCGGCUGCAGUUUCAGCAAGGAGUAUAGGUAUUGUAGGGACGGACCCGAGGAGAACGCAUCCUCUUCGGGGGCUGUGCCUAGUACUCCAGCGCCUUCGACGCCGCUUACGACCUCCACCUCGACCUCGACUUCUUCGUCGACAUCUAGUCCAACGCCGACCAGCACAUCGACCUCUCAGAUCUCCACCACCACCGAUAAAAAUACAAGUACGGAUACCAGUAGCGAGCCCACCAGUACGACCGCAACUGCCAGUGCCACAUCAACAAGUGGAGCCGCCCCAUCCCCCACCCAGACGAACAGCAUUGCAGACAACUGCAACGACUAUGCCAAGGCAAAAGAUGGCGAUAACUGCAUUGACUUCGCUAAGGAUCACGACAUUACCCCCAAGCAACUGUAUCAGUGGAACACAGUUUUAGGUGAUGAUGGCAAGAAGUGUGGGACUAUGUUCCAGAGAAAUGCAUAUUACUGUAUUAGUGUGAAGGAGUAG